CGACCGUAUUCAAUUGUUACGAAAUGCGUACAGUAUCGUACGUACGGGAAUGGCCGAAUAACUCAAGCAAAGAGCUGUUAAAAACAAUUGCUCUUGGUGUACCGGUACAUCAUACAAAAAAAUAUUUUGUAUGGCGUUCAUACCGCAUUGUUUGGAUUAGUGUAUAAACCAAGUGCCAUUCCCUCUUCGAUAACGGUACGAAACAUCCAAUAACAUUCAGUCGAUGAAUAAGCUGUCACACAACGAGACACGCCGCAACGCAAAUCGCAAUUGUUCGAACGAAUGCGUCAGUGAGGCUAGUUUGACAAUUGUCGUAAACAGCGACGAUGACAUAGAGUACAACUCUGAACUGUCGGAAUCCUUGCGAAAACACCGGGAUAUGAUUCGAGAGAUGAAAACAAAAUACCGCUUGUCGCCCUCCUUCGCACAGCAACACAUGGGUGCAUCCUAUAUUCACCGAUAUGACAAUUCAAGUUGCGCGAAUAAUGUAUCAGAACAACCACGUAGUAGGAAAGUAAAGAUCUGGUCGGCACUUCAUGGCUCUCCAGAUAAAUGUCAUCAUGCGAUACCGCCCUUAGACAAGAGAAGUACGAUGCGUGCUGUAUACGAGUCAAAAGGAAUGACAGAAACUACGCAAAGAGAGGUGUUUUGGAGAGAAGAAGAUUUCGUUCGGAAAGUAAACCGGGUUAACGACGACGACUUUUCUCGACUUGUUAGAAACGAUGAAGGAGCAGGUCGUCCCCAAGGCCAAACGCAACGAAUUGAUUCCUCAACCUUAUCAUGUUCGCAUGUAGAGAUAGACGAAACAUUAUGUGAGUCGGACGCUAGCAUUGACAACUUUUUUGAUUCAUUUGAGGUAUCAAGAGAGGACGAAGAAAUAUUUCCCGAGUUUUUUGAUAGCGUAUCAUAUGCGCAAUCCACCGAGCACUUGGAGGAAGAAUCACCAUCAAGCAGAAAAUCCCCUUCAGUUUUUAUUCGAAAUGACGUGCAAGAUUUGUGUGAGAGCCAAGCAUGGAAUGAGUCCUACAAACGGCAUUCAGCUGAACAGCGAGCAAUAGAGGUCGUUGACGAAAGUGAACACGAACUCAUCUUGCAGCAAUACAGUGUAAAGGAAAAUACGUUUGGGAAUGGGUCGUCGUUGAUCGACAACAUUACACAGUCAGAAGAAUCAGCAUUGCACGAAGUUUCAUCUCGCGCUAUUCUUGGAAGUAACAACGAAGUUAUUGUUGCCGAAAGCCCUCCGUCGGUAAAAUCCUAUGAACAAUUUGUGGACGAACAAGGCAGGAAUAGCAUCAAGUUUAUACCUGCCACCAAGAACCACUGCAGAGAUGAGGAUGAAAAGGAUAUCUGCAAUUCUUCAAAGGCUCAAUUACUUGAGUACAAUGUUACAAUGGCAAGACAUUUUGAGAAGCAUUCAAAUUUCAUUGAAAACUCGAGAAAGAAGGAAUAUAUAGAACAUGCUGUAGGGAGUCUAGAGAAUGAAGUCGCAAAUAUUGAAGAAACUCUAAUGCAAACUAUUGGUAAUCCAACAAUCGCAAAUAAAAAGAAACAGAACCAAAGUCUAGAUUGCGAUGAUUGUCCACCAAACCUUCACCAUGUGCGGCAUUUGGAUGAAGAAUUUGUCCGAAAUUGCAAAUUUUCUUCGUCCACUUUCGAAGCUGACUGUAAAGCGCUUAUCAACACACGUUCCGCUAAUCGAGGUUUUAAGAAAGCAGAUAUUGACAAGAAGGGAUCAGAAUUCUCUCUGGAACGGUUUCAAAAUCAUUCAGAAAUAGAAUUAGGCCCAAACUAUACGAUGUCUGACACUGAGCAGAAAGCGAUUGGAAAUCUUAUGGCGGGAGAAUUAUCUAGCGAUAAUACUAACUUGGAUACAAAUAGUAUCAAAGUUGACGUCCAUAUGGAACACAUAGUUCCACCAGCGCUGAAUAUUGAGGUGUCAGAAGUGGACAAUGAAGAUACAUCACUCGUGAGAGACGAUAAACAUAAAAUUGAUGUUUGGUUCGAGAAGCAUACUGACUUUAUGAAUGCCAUGGAAUCUAAUGACAAAAUGUCGGCGACCAAAUCAAUUGGAUCAAACAACACGAUUUACCAAAAGGAGCCAAAUCUAGAAUCAAAAGACGAGGGUCGACACGGUUCCAAAAAAGAGGUGCUCACAAUAUCGAAUGAGACAAAGAUCGAAGGUAGAAUCGCAAUUUUAAACAUUCAGAGCGAGAAAGAAAGGACUACCGAAGAAAUGGAACAAUUUCGUACUGAAACAGAGAUUGAUACAAUAGAGCUGCUUUCUCCGAUUCAAAGUGAGAAAGAAAUGAUCAGCGAAAACUAUGAACAAACUGGAACAAAAGCUGAAAUAUAUUCUUCCUUCAAAAAGGAAGAAGAAAAUAUAAGUGGGAUAACAGAGCAAACUGUCAUCGAAGAGAUUUCUGAAAAAACUGAGAUCAGAGCAGAAAUUCCUCGUUCACCUCUUCAAAGCGAGAAAAAAAUGAUAGACGAAAUGCUUGGUAAAUUCUUAAAGACAAUGGAAUCCAUGGAUGAUGAUAAAUUCACUGAUGAUGAUGCACAGGUACUGAAUUCAUCUCGAACUGGGUAUAUUGAUUCUUCUAGCGUGUUGGAUGAUUCUGAACCAAGGAAUCAUUAUAGCUCCUCUCCGGAUAACACAUCUCUGAAAUCCUCCCCACGAUUUGGUUAUGAUGAAUCGGGCUUUUCUUCGCCGGCAAGAUCUCUUCUAGAACAGAGCAAUUUUUAUAAACCAAGUAAGUCGGAGAUUGCAUCCCAGUCAAACUAUUGGUCAAACUUGAGUGAAGCGGAUUCAAAUGGCGAAGCAUCCCUAUUAAAAACGAAGAGUAUUUCCAUUAUGCCAUCAUUUAGGCCUUUGGACGAAUCUAGAAGUAGAAUUGCAUCUCCAGACUUGAAUCUUUCUUUCGUCAGAUCUUCAGAAAAUGAUUUCUUGGCCGCAACUUGGAUCGAUUCGUCAGGAUCACAUGGUGCUUUAUCUCGUAUUUUAUCGAAAGAUGAACCUGGAAUUAGAACGGCCUCUAAGGAAGAUUGCAGUAUGCAGGAUAAUUCACUUUGCAUUAUGGACAAUGCGAAGGGAACAAAUUAUGUCACCGACACACCGAGACCCCUCAACCCCAUCGCUGCUGUUUUAUCUCGAGGUUUUUCAAAAGAUGUAGUUGCUCAGGUCGAAAAUAACGGGCAAGAUAUGUCUCGAGAAGGCAAUAAGAAAUCCAUAAAAGUAAUCGACGCAACUGACUCAUCGAAAGCGCGCAACCCUUUUGCCGCUGUGUCAUAUCAAGCCUUUUCAGGCAAUACAGUGACUCAGGUCGAUGAUAACGGGCAAGAUCUCUUAUCGAAAGUCAUAGAUGUCCUAGCUGAAGCCAUGAACAAAUCAGAGAAAAUGAUCGACAUCACCGAGUCAUCACGACCGUACAACCUUAAUGCUGUUGUACUUCAAGGCACUUCAGAAGAUGAGAUUGCAUCUCCUGAGAAUAUCGGGCAAGGCAAGCUAUGUGGAGCUCAUGACAAAAUAGAGACAAUGGUUGAUGCGUUAGGCUCCUCAACACCGCAAAAGUCUUUUCCGAACGUGAUUUCGAGGAAAGGUUCUCACAUUAAAGUUGCUCAGGUCGAAAAUGGGAAUCGAGAAAUUUUAAUUCAAGUCAUUGAUAAAGAGAAGACAACGAUUUGUGCACCAGGCUUCUCGAGAUUGUACGAUCAUAUUCCUGAUAUGGUAUCUCAAGACUCUGUAAAAAAUGAAAUCAUUCAGGUCGAAGAUAGUGGACAAUAUGUACCGCUUGAAGCCACAGACGAAGUGGAGAGAUCUGUUGCUGCAUCAGGUUCAUCUAGAGUACACGGUACUAUUCCUAAUGUGGUAGGUCGAGAAUCUUCAGAGCAUGACGUUGCACUUGUUGAAUAUGAUAGCAGACAAGAUAACCCAUUUGAAGAAAGGAGCAAUGGGCUGCCCAGCGUUGUCGAGUCAAACCUAUUACAACAAGCAGUGAAUUGUCAAUCAGCGACAAAAGAUGUUGUAGCUACCGAAUUCGACGUUAUUUCGACACUCUGUACACCCAAAUUUGAUCAGGAAUCAGUAUCCGAAAUGAGUUUCUCUCUGGUUUCGGAACGCGCAAAGGAUUGUAAAAGAUUGAUGGCACCAGCGGUUGCUUCCCAACUGGAUCUGUCCAGUUGCGGCUCAGAUCCUGACCAUAUUUUUGCGAAGAAGUCGGAACCUGAAGACCAGAACAAAGGUUGUUCGGUCGAAACGCCACCGACCAUGGAGAAAGACGAGCUGAAGUCAUUGGUAAGAUUAGUGGCUUCACGAGACAAACCACCAGGAACUACUCAGCGUGAAAGACCGAUAUAUUCAUUGCCUAAGAAAAUGCCGUUUCACAGGACUCAAGAGCGUUGGAGAAAAGGGAGUCCAGCCGAAAAAUUCCGCAAACGCAUCCGUACGCCUAGCACUCCCAACAGGGUAGAGACAAGCCGAUCGCCCUUUUUCGGGAGAGACAAAGAAGGAAGACUAGUUCCAACAGAUGGGAGCGUCGUUGGUUGGUUCAUAUCUCCCGGUCGAUACAGUAGUAUUGGAUCGCCAUGUCGACGAACUCGUUGCACCAGCCAAAGCAAUGCAAUUAUUACGGGUUCAGUGCCUUUCGAAAAGAUUUCCCUCUCGAAGGGAAGUCAUCGAUCUCGGAUGCGCAACGAAAACGACUCUUAUUCAAGCAGCAGCUUGAUUGGAUCUGCUUCGCCGAAAAGAUCGACGUCAGCAAAUAUACAGACACUUCUUCACUCCGUUGCGGGACGAAGUAGAUCGCCAGCGGUGUCGUUGUUUUCCCGAAUGCCCCACGGCUCACAAUCCGCGAUCCGAAAACUACAGAGGAAUCAUUGCGACAUCAACGGCAAGCUUUCCGGCAAGACCCUCCGGGUAUGCAAUAACAAGUUUGUGUACAACCUGCAUCCCAAUUGUGGGCCCUGCGAUCGCUGCUGGGCACUUGCGAGUCCGGAAGAACGAGAAAAGUUUGAGAUUCGAGGCAGCCACCUGCGCAUCGCGAAAACGCGGAGCGGGUGCGACCGCACCUGCACCGUAUUCCCGUCGGACAUCAACGACGGAGACUCUGAACCCGUGCGACUGUGUCGCCAGUGCUUCUUUGCAACCCACAAGUGUGAGGAUUGCAUGCUGCAGGUAUACAGAGGGAACAAUAGCAAAGUGAUAAGAUCGAAUUGAUUGGUAACGAGCAUCAAUACAGGAAGUCAAAGGUUUUCCAAAUUCUUGUGUUGUAGUCCAAGGGGUGACAGCUAUAAAUGUAAAAAUCAUGAUGUUAAGUACUGUACUGGCAAUGAGAAUUCAGAUCUAUGAAUUAUUGGUAGUGACGGUUGGCUUGCUGACAAAGGAUUCUAGCUGAUGGCGCCAGCCUUACUCUCGUAAAAAACAAUCGAUUAGCGAAACCCAGAGUACUCACGCAUAAUGCCCUUGAGGGCUGCACACUUAUUCUACCUGCCUUUAUAAUAUUGAUCGAUGUGAUCUUGUCCUUUGCGCCGUGUGUCGUGCUCGCCGCCGUUAUCCAUGGUGCAGAGCUGGAGGAGGAACAGGAUCGAUGCGACAAAAACGGCAAGGAACAUGAUUGCAGCCCCCGCUUCGAGAUCUAAUGAUGCUUCUUCGAUCCAGUCAAAGACUACCUGGAUGUCUUCUUUCUUGUCAAAGGCCUGAUUUUUGGGCAAUCGGAUGGCUUUGCUGGCAACCGAAUGAAUGCGUCCGUCCCCUGAUUUGCUGUACACAAACGUGACCACGAGUUGUUCCAGUGUCUGCCCUUCAACGUAGGGCAGAGAGUGGAAGCCUUCUUCGAACGACAAGGAGAAGCGCUCCGGCAGACGGGGCAGGUGUACUGUGCGCGGCACGCCAAACAAGGGCUGGUUGGCCAUCAAGAGAUCAAUAGUCAGAGCCGAUCGUGUUGACAAGGAAGCAUCUACGUAGUCUCCGACUUUGUAGGCUUCCGUGAAAAAGGACGAGGCCGGCCAGCGAAGAGCCUCCUGGAGAAUGAAUGCCAUUGCGGUGA